CAGGCCCUUGUCCCUGACGCUUUGGCGGGAGAAGCAAAAAAGUAGGAAGUGAAACUACAGCAGCAAAACUCAGCUGUAGCGUCAUUCAAAUAUAUCAAACGUGUACAAAUUUAACUUGAAAAUAGUGGGAAAUGGAUCCUGAUAUUUGCACCGACGAAGGCUGGACAAAAACGAAGGAGGCUGUCGCGCAUUUUCGAAAACUUCUGCUGUGCUCAAAAUGGUAAACACCCUACAGUUAGCUUGACUUAUGAGCAUGUUCGGCUGCUUGUUAGCUAACUAGUUAGCUUGUUGAUGUCAUUUAUAAUAGUAGUUAGAUCUAAUUUACAUUAUUAUUUUCAUGUCUUUGAUACACUGUCAUUACAGUUCAAAACUGAUGAACGAACCCGUGUGCCUCGGAGUUUGUGAACAUAUGCUUUGCAGGUAAGUGGGUGAGUGGAUAGCCGCGCAUGCGCCGAUGCAGUCCCUUUUGGAGUGGCUCACUUGGUAGAAGCAGAUCGUUGCACUUUACUUGGCUUGUUCUUUUACUAUCUUGAGGUUAUCAAUGGCUUGUGAUUCUUUGUACUAACUACUAGGUCGUGUGCUGGUCCUCAAGCUGGAGUGGGGUGUGUGGUGUGUCACAGUCCUGCCUGGGUGAAAGACAUCCAGAUCAACAGACAGCUCAGCAAUAUCACAGAACUCUUUGGCAACCUAGACUCACUGCUCAAUCCCACUGACUCCGAUUACUCAGGUACGUUAUUAUUAGAAUAUAAUAAAUACUUUAUUGUCCAUUGGUUAGAAUGGAAAUGUGUCUACUGCCUUUCACAACACCCCCAGAUUAUAAUAUUAUAAUGACCGUGACUUUCACUGAACAUGAUCAUUAGGUCUCAGACACACCAAUAGAGUUUGCUGGCCGAGAGUACUUAGAACCUCUGAACAGAGUACCAGCUGUAAUUUGUGAACCGAGUACUUACCGAUUGUUUGUUUUUUUACAUGUAGAAUCGGGUGAAAAUGUCGGCAGUCAGACAUAAAACACAGCGUGCUGAACGAUUGGCAGACAAAUGCUAGAUCCAUAUUCAGUGCGAUGUGCGCGAGCCUUAAGAUAAAGGAUUUACAGACAGCACUGAGCUCUUCCACAACCUAGACUGUUUAUUCCUCUGAGGACAGGCAACAUCUGACUGUGUCACUCAACAUGAUAAUUAUGACUAUGCUUUCACUUUGUUUCCCCUGUAGGUAGGUACAACUUGUAGGAUAUGAAUGAAUGUAUUCCUUGAAAGAAGACGAGUAGGCGGCCAGUACGGUGCAAUAAACUUUAGUGAACUAUUAACAGAAUAUAUUUACAAAAGAAUACAUAUGGGAGCAUUCAGCAUAGUACGUCAGGAUGCAGAACUGCAACGACUUGUGUGUCCUGAUGUAUAGUUACAUAGGUAGGCCUAUAUCCCUUAGCAUUAAGCACGAAUGGCAGUAUUACCAUGUAUUCCCUCUGUGAUCCCCCCCCUCCCAUCAGCCUACCUGUUAAUGACAGUAAUAAUGCAAUGUCAUUAUCUAUGGUGGUGUUUAGCUUGUAGACCUGAGCUCUGACAAACAGGGGUGAUGGUCACGUUGUCGCAGUGGUAGAGGAACACACUGACUGGCAGCUACAUGCCCCUCUGGGUCACCAAAUUAGAUACUAGCUAGCUUGAUAGGCAGAACAGGCUGGGUAUGUGACAAGCAAGGUCGCAACCAAAGGUGAUACUAGUGGAAUACAAAUUGUGCCGUGACAAGGAAAGACAAAAUUAUAGUGCUACCUUACCGCUUGCUUUCACAUAUGCCAUUAUAGUCUUUGUCCUUGGUGAGUCGAUUUGAUGUGUGGUUUCAGUUUGUGUGUCCUAACAGUAUUUUUCUCUUUCCUGUUCUCAUUUCAGAUGCCCUUCCCAUUUCACCACCAGCGCAGUCAGAUAAAUCUGUCUUAAAGCACAAGAAGAACUUCAAGAUCUGGUUUAGUCCCCGCAGCCGUAAGGUGCGCUGCCGAGUAGAGAAGCCUGCGGUAGUGCCUCUACCGGAGGUUGGGAGUGGGACUGUGAAAGCUGCUCCAAGACCUCCUGCGACACUACCUGAGUCUAAAGGCAAAGACCUGUCUGUCUUCAACUUCAACUCCUCCUCCCAAGACUCUGGUUCCUCCUCUCCUCAAAGGGUGACUAACAAUGAAAAGAAGAAGAAAGCGACUAAGAAGACGAGAAAUGGUGGUGGUGGUGGUGUCAGGAAGCCUGCAGCCGGGGGUUGGCAGAAACCAACCACGCAUAAAGAAACCAAGCAGAAUAUCAAGACACAGAGGCUGGAGGCGAUCAACCAGCAGUGGGGCUUUGCUGGAGAGAGGGGAGAUGUCAGAGAGGAAGAAGAGCAGGUCAUUACAGAGGAAGGAGAGCGCAGGUCUAGUAAAAGAGUUUCCUUCCAAAGCCCAGCCACCCUGCCUGCCACUGUGGAGCCCCAGAAGGAGGAUCUCCGUCAGGGGGACACCAUCAUCCUCAGCCCCAGCAGAAGCAUCCUGAAGGUGGUUCAGCCAGGAGAGAACGUCCCACUCUCUGAGGACCAGGACGGUCCAAGCCCACACACCACCCCUUCUCAGCUGGAUAAGCUAUCUGCCAAGCAGCACUCCAAACCAAAGGAAGAAACGACUACAAAGCCUGACCUGCCCUCCCCUCCUAAGCGCACUCCCAAAAGAUCCUGUGUGGAAGAGAAAAACGUCUCACAGAGUACCCCAAAGAAACCCAAGGCAUCUCCCGGCCAGUAUAGACGUCCGGCAGUGGACAGGGUUGCACUCCCAGCCCUGCAUACCCCUCCCUCGCCCUCCCUUGCUGCCAGCCCCAGACAUGGUUGCACCCCCACCAGCACCAGGAGAUCCAGAGGAGGAGAGCAGCAGCGGGGCUGCAGCCCAUGUUCCCCAGCCCCCCUGGGGAAGAGGUCCCCAGGCAGACUGUCACAGAACAGCCCAGCGGUGGUGAAGAGAAACCACAAGGGAGAGACAGCCCUACACCUGGCAGCAAUAAAGGUGAGAUUAACAUGACAUGGGUCACAGGCUCAGGGUCAGUUGUUAGAGACAUGUCAACAUGUAGCAGCUGAUCCCAGACCUGCUGCUAUUAUCAAUCAUUCACAGCGUUGGGACUUUGAUUACCUCGGGAGGAUCCAGGCAGGGAUUACAGCUGUGUUUACAGGGCCUAUGUUAAGCUCUCAGGGCUGGGAAUGGAAUGCUUGUCUGAUCAGCAAAGAGUAGUACUAUGGGGCGUUAGAGAACCACACUGCACAACCAGGUAGAUUUAGAAAGUCUGAUUUUAAGGUAGAUUCACAACAAGGCACCCAGAAGAAAACCUUGGACUACAAUAAAAUACAAGAGUAAUAUAAAACCUGGGGACUAUCUCUCUGAUGGUGUUACUGUCUGCAUCCCAAAUGGCACCCUAUACUUAUGUAAAAGUACUGCACUUUAUAGUGCUUAGGUUGCCAUUUGGGACCCACACUGGUUGUGUGAAGGGCAUGUUCUCAUGUCUCUAGUAACUGACUCUGUACCUGUGAACCUGAUUGAUGAUAGCUGCAGGCCCCAUGAUGCCUGUGUAGGAUCAGCUGCUGUGUUUGGAGAGCAUGUUGACAUAUCUCUAACACCUGACCGUAGACAUGUGGUCUGAUGCAUCUUUUUUCAACCUCACAGAGUAAUUGAUUGAUAAUAGCAGCUGGUCUAAGAUGAGUUUGGAUCAGCCACUGUGUUUGGAUGGCAUGUUCAUACCUUUAACAACUUACAUUAAACCUGUGGCCUGUCUCUCUCACUCUCGCAGGGUGAUGUGAAGACAGUGAAGGAGCUCCUAGACCAGGGGGCUGACCCCAACCUGAAAGACAAUGCUGGAUGGACACCGCUGGUGAGUGAAGCCUUGUCUCCUCAGUCUCUCCCUGUCUAGACGGAUUGGACCCCCUUUGGCACCCCUGACCCCCUUUGGCACCCCUGUUCUACAUGUUGGUAUAGCAUGCCAGUCUUUAACUUUGCCCUGCCGGAUAGAAGAGCUGUUAUACAUAAGCAUACAGUAUUACUAAUCUAUGACUUUUGGCAUUUUGGCAAAUUCUACUUCCCCAGAGUCCGAUGAACUUGUGGAUACCAUUUUUAUGUUUCUGUGUCCAGUAUGAAGGACGUUAGAGGUAGUUUCAUGAGCCAAUGCUAACUAGUGUUACCCAUAGACUUUGUCUUAUUGCGCUAAAUAUUCAAGUGAAAUGCACCUUUUUAUAAUGUCAUCAGUGCUAGUAAUAUAUGUAUUACAUAGUAAUAGGAGACAGUAUGUAAGAGGAAGUUUGCAGUUACUGUAUAAUGUAUGUAAUAACGCUGGUCCUGUGUUGCAGCACGAGGCAUGUAACCUGGGCCACCAGGGUGUAGUGGAGGUCUUGGUGGAGAGGGGAGGGGUGCUGUUGAACACACCAGGCUAUGAGAACGAUUCUCCUCUACACGACGCUGUCAGGAACGGACAUACUGGCAUCGCCAUGCUUCUGCUGCAGCACGGGGCUUCACAGAGCGUCUUGUGAGUAUGAAUGAAUUUAUGUAUUCUUUUUUUACAUUUUAGUCAUUUAGCAGACGCUCUUAUCCAGAGCGACUUACAGUUAGUCCAUACAUUCUUUUUUUAUUUUUCAUACUGGCCCCCCGUGGGAAUCAAACCCACAACCCUGGUGUUGCAAAUGCCAUGCUCUACCAACUGAGCUACAUCCCUGCCGGCCAUUCCCUCCCCUACCCUGGACGACGCUGGGCCAAUUGUGCGCCGUCCCAUGGGUCUCCCGGUCACGGGACUCUUGUGGCCCGUCCCACAUGGCAUUAUACACAUUAAUAUGGUAGAGCGUAUUGUGAGUAUGGCAGACUGCACGCAGUUAUCCACAGUGAAACCCUUAGUCACAUAUGUGACCGGUUACAGGAUCUGAGGCGUUUGCCAUUGCCCCAACUGUAGACCAGGCGUUUUUAGAGCUGCAAGUUGUCAUUGUUGCCUUACAAAAAUCCCUGGUUAGUUUCAAACUUGUACUUAAUGUCGGCAAGACUAAAUAUACGUUCUCUAAUUCUUGCAAAAAAUAUUCAGAUGGACUACAUAUUUAUUAAUUGAUUGAUUCUCCCAAAGAUCAGGUUCCCGCCUAUAAAUAUCUGGGCUUUUGGAUUGACAAGGAUAAAAACAUUUUUUUAACAUACUGGUGAGCUACAGUAUGUAGUACAGUAGUUAAACGGCAAAGAUUUAAAGUGGGCUUCUUUUUUAGAAAUAGAUCUUGCCUCUCCCUAAACAGCAGGAAGCAGAUUGUACAGUCAACUUUCCUGCUAGUUCUUGACUAUGAUGACACCAUUUACCAGAAUGCAGCAGCCACUACUCUUAAACCUUUGGAUGCCGUCUACCAUAGCGCCCUUCGCUUUAUCACAGGUGACAGUUUUAAUACUCAUCACUGCAUCCUGUAUCAAAAGGUUGGCUGGUCCUCAUUAAAGUCCCGUAGAUCACUUCACUAUUCUCUUUUUGUUUACAAAGCUCUACUACACAAGCUUCCGACUUACCGAACUUCGUUGUUGAAGUAUAAAAACAUGAGAUACCAAACCUUUCACAGGGUUAACUCUUGAUGUUCCUCAGGUCUCCACCGAAUUAGGUAAAUCCGCUUUUAGUUUUAAUGGACCUCACUGCUGGAACAAUUUGCAGAACUCAUUACAAUUGGAUGUUCUGGUGCUGCUCGGGCAGUAUAGGGUGUUGAUUGAGGACCUAGUAGCUAAGGAAUGUAACUGUUUUUCUUAAAUUUGAUGUUUUGGUUGCUGUUUUGUUUUAUAUUCUGUUGGUGGUUGUAUUGCUGAGAUCAGAGCACCCUUGGGAAUGAGACCCUGGUCUCAAUGGGUUUUUUCCCUGAAUAAAUCAACGACGACGAUGAUAAUGAUUCGUUUUUGCAGAAAUGCCUUCUUGAACAUGGGAUCUUUUAUGUUCCUUAAUUACUAACUUGUAUGGGAUCUGUAAAUCAGCCUAGGGAGAAAGACAGGAUCCUCGCUAGUCAUGAUUGGUUGAGAUAAUGGAGUGGUUGGACAUGCCAAGAGAUUAGUCCUGAUUGGUCUGCAUGUCACAGACUUCUGUCUAUAACAGAAUGGGCUCUUCCCUGGUCAGUAUAUAGAUCAUCUUUGCUACCACAGAUGUAUGGAAUGAUAUAGCUAUGGACAACUGCAAAAGUGUUGCUACAGCUCUCAAAAACAUUGCUGCCAUGAAUUUUGCUGGUUUUAAUUAGAGAGACUACUUUCUGGAGGACAAUUCCAUGCUGACUCACAUGCGUUUACAUGUGUGGGUGGGGUGUGUAAACGAAGAGUUCUCUAUCAUAACUCUUUCAAAGGGCAUUUUCUCCUACUUGUCUUUUUAAGUGGGAUAACAAGUGAAUCAACUUUUAAAGCAGCAUAACUUUCCUAUGUUUCCUCCAACUACGGUGUACGAGAACAUUUUGAAGCACUGAGUCUUUACUUUUAUUUUAUUUCUCUAUUUAACCAGGAAGGGCUCAUUUUGAGAUUUGAAAUCUCUUUUUCAAGAGCGUCCUGGCCAAGAUAGGCAGCACCAAGUCAUUACACAAUUACAGACAGACAACAUGAAAAACUACAAGUAAUCUAGUAAAAAAAUAGAAAUCACAGGAGUAUAACGAAAUCAUAAAACAGCAAAUUAAAAACAUUGAUACGUCAAGGAAUCAGCAACAAUCCUUCAUCAAUUAUUUAAAAACACCAAUCGGGUCAAGUUCUUCCAGUUUCAAACUAUUUUGAAAGGCGUUCCAAGCCGAUGGCGCAGAGUACAUAAAAGCCCUUUUACCAAAUUCAGUUCAGACAUUUGGAACAGUUAGCAGGAUAAAGUCCUGUGAACGAAGGGAGCACCCACCACAUUUCUGAAGAGUAAAAAUGCCCAAAUAAAAUGGUAGUAAACCCAAAAUGGCUUUGUAAAUAAAAGUAUACCUUUUCACCAUACUCUGCACACUCUGCUUGGCAAAAAUUACACCUAAUCCUGUGUAUAGUAGAAGUGGCCCAUUCUGUAGGAAACCACAGAUAUAAGAUCAACGUAUUCAACGUGACGGCACCAGACAGUUGGCCUACCUCACCAGUCACAAAUACCGUGAGUUCAUUUUGCAUGACGUGCAGUAGCGGACAGCCGGAGUCACAAUUAUACACUGCUCAAAAAAAUAAAGGGAACACUAAAAUAACACAUCCUAGAUCUGAAUGAAUGAAAUAAUCUUAUUAAAUACUUUUAACUUUACAUAGUUGAAUGUGCUGACAACAAAAUCACACAGAAAUUAUCAAUGGAAAUCAAAUGUAUCAAUCCAUGGAGGUCUGGAUUUGGAGUCACCCUCAAAAUUAAAGUGGAAAACCACACUACAGGCUGAUCCAACUUUGUUGUAAUGUCCUUAAAACAAGUCAAAAUGAGGCUCAGUAGUGUGUGUGUGGCCUCCACGUGCCUGUAUGACCUCCCUACAACGCCUGGGCAUGCUCCUGAUGAGGUGGCGGAUGGUCUCCUGAGGGAUCUCCUCCCAGACCUGGACUAAAGCAAUGGGGAUGGGGAACGGGCGGGCCAGUCCAUAGCAUCAAUGCCUUCCUCUUGCAGGAACUGCUGACACACUCCAGCCACAUGAGGUCUAGCAUUGUCUUGCAUUAGGAGGAACCCAGGGCCAACUGCACCAGCAUAUGGUCUCACAAGGGGUCUGAGGAUCUCAUCUCUGUACCUAAUGGCAGUCAGGCUACCUCUGGCGAGCACAUGGAGGGCUGUGCGGCCCCCCAAAGAAAUGCCACCCCACACCAUGACUGACCCACCGCCAAACCGGUCAUGUUGGAGGAUGUUGCAGGCAGCAGAACGUUCUCCACGGCGUCUCCAGACUCUGUCACAUGUGCUCAGUGUGAACCUGCUUUCAUCUGUGAGGACCACAGGGCGCCAGUGGCGAAUUUGCCAAUCUUGGUGUUCUCUGGCAAAUGCCAAACGUCCUGCACGGUGUUGGGCUGUAAGCACAACCCCCACCUGUGGACGUUGGGCCCUCAUACCACCCUCAUGGAGUCUGUUUCUGACCGUUUGAGCAGACACAUGCACAUUUGUGGCCUGCUGGAGGUCAUUUUGCAGGGCUCUGGCAGUGCUCCUCCUGCUCCUCCUUGCACAAAGGCGGAGGUAGCAGUCCUGCUGCUGGGUUGUUGCCCUCCUACGGCCUCCUCCACGUCUCCUGAUGUACUGGCCUGUCUCCUGGUAGCGCCUCCAUGCUCUGGACACUACGCUGACAGACACAGCAAACCUUCUUGCCACAGCUCGCAUUGAUGUGCCAUCCUGGAUGAGCUGCACUACCUGAGCCACUUGUGUGGGUUGUAGACUCCGUCUCAUGCUACCACUAGAGUGAAAGCACCGCCAGCAUUCAAAAGUGACCAAAACAUCAGCCAGGAAGCAUAGGAACUGAGAAGUGGUCUGUGGUCACCACCUGCAGAACCACUUCUUUAUUGGGGGUGUCUUGCUAAUUGCCUAUAAUUUCCACCUGUUGUCUAUUCCAUUUGCACAACAGCAUGUGAAAUGUAUUGUCAAUCAGUGUUGCUUCCUAAGUGGACAGUUUGAUUUCACAGAAGUGUGAUUGACUUGGAGUUACAUUGUGUUGUUUAAGUGUUCCAUUUAUUUUUUUGAGCAGUGUAGUUGGACAGCCGGACACUGAUUAGUUGUUUGAUGGUCAAGUCGUGUGACCUCAUGGGGCGGGUAGGGGCAGAAUACAUCAGUGGGGUGGGAAGGGGCUGGUGUGUGUGAGGACGCUCGCAUAUUAUUUGAUGCUGAUCGACGGACGAUCGUUAACGGAGAGCUGAAGGAACGAUUAUCUAUUUUUCUCUAUCUUCUCUCUCGCUAUCCUUUCAUUUAUCUUUUUCCCCUCUAUCUUUUUUCUCUCUCCGUCCCUCCUCUUUUCCCCACUUCUCAUCAUGUUGAUGUGCUGUAGUGGUUGGCCCCCGGGUCCUUGGCGACGGAGGUUAGCGACAGCAGGUUUACCCUGCCUUCCUGCUAGUCGUCUGCAAGGCAAAAGAGACAAUCUGUCAUGAUGCCACAAGAAAAAUGCAACCCUUCCCCGUCACAUACUAUCAAUUGUCUCCACACACAAACACACACAGGGAUGAACACACGCUGCCUCGCACACACAGUCUUGUAUAACUAAUCUUGUGGUGACACACAAUUCAGUCCCAUUCAAAAUCCUAUUUUCCCUAACCCCAAAACCUAACCCUAGUACAUCAUAUAACAUUAUUACACCACUACAUAUCUACAAUACAAAAUGUAUAACACCACCAUACAACAAUAUUACAAUGUACGUGUGUGUGCUAGCGCUUGUAUGCGUGUGUCUGUACCCUUUGUGUAAGUCUCUUCACAGUCCCCGCUGUUCCAUUAGGUGUAUUUUUACUCAACUUGCUCAAUUUCCGCAUUAUUCAUUACAAGAUUUAGUUGAGGUUUAGGGUUUAGUGAAUGAUUGGUCCCAAAUACAAUGCUUUUUGUUUUUGAUUGCACUCUGCUUUUAACUUGCAAGCCCUAUCCAACAGGGCAGUAUUCAAUAUGAAAAGGUGUAUAACGUUAAACAAAAAAACACGAGAGAUGGAUAUAUUUUGUUCAAAAAAUGUAAGAUAAAUGCCAAAAGAAUGUGCGUGUUUGCCAGGGAUGGAGGCACGUAUUGUCUGUUAAUGCAGAUGACAUGCCUCUCUCCCAGCACUCCCAGACACAAGGUGUUCUGGGGGCAUUCACAGCUGAUUGCCUUGCUUCCCCAGCUGCACUGAGAGCUGCACAAAGCCAUGCAUCGGGUUUCUGGUACCUCGUCUGUCUGUCGUUGUCUUGGCUUGGAUCCUCACAUGUAUCAGGAUCAAUAAAAUAUGAUCUCAAUGGGGUAUUUACUUACAGAUAUAACUAACAAAACAUCUGGCCUAUUCAUUUCUAGCAAGGUUUGUCAAAUGUAGAUGGAGGAAAUUUGAGCAGUUUUUUGGGGGGGACAAAACACUAUGCAACUACUGUGAUCUGCAUUCAGAUCUGAAUUGAUAAAUUAAUGAAUUUUCACUUAUCAGUAUGAAAGGCUUGGUUUCAGUGGUUACCCACACCCCUUAGAUACACACACUACACCACCUACCCAAAGCAAUUUUCCAUGCUUUUCACUUUUAUUUAGCUGUUCUGUUGGUGUGCUGUUCCAUAAACCAAAACGAUGCACUUCCUUUCAGUGGGAAUGUGUGUGUCUAUCUGUGCGUGUUUUUGUGCAUGUGUACGUAUGCGCGUCUACAGUAUGUGUCUGUGCAUGUGCGUGCAUGCAUGCACAUUUGUGUGUUUAUCUCUGUGUAGGUGGGCAGGGGAGGGUUAGGAAUCCAAUUGAAAUAUUUUAUGGACCAUUGGACCUAUUAAUUGUCCCCCAGGUGUUAUCUUUGCUGACGCCUAAUCUUUAUGCACCAACCUGUUCUUCUCCUCCUUUUUCUCAUCCCUUCUUCCCCUCCUCCUUCAGGAAAGUGCUGUUUCACUUUGUCGUCUGUGUCUCGGCGCUGCAUUGCUGUUCACUGGAUCCUCAUAGCCCUAUGUAAAUCCAUGCACUAAUGUCUUGUAUCAUAUUGUCACCGAGUGAGUUUGUUACCAUCCAUGUCGGUAUAACCCUAAUCUUGGCACCCAGAACGAUGCAUUACUCUCCAGCUACUAGAUGGUACUAGUCUGUCACAAGAGACAAGUGUAGCAGGAUUUCCAGACAGUGUUGACAUGGUUCAGAUUUGUGACGGAGACGGUCUGUAUCUCUGUCUAACAGGAAUAUGUUUGGCCUUCGCCCUGUGGACUACGCCGUGAGCCCAGAGAUGCAGGCAAUCCUUCGGGCGGCCUCUGAAGGACCCCACCCAGUCAACUCACCUCUCAAUCUUCCGCCCAGCCUCAAUAAGGUAUGGCCAUCAGCCCAUCACUGUUCUCACACACAAUCAAUGUUACAUCAACCAUUACCUUCUAGCACUGCAUGCACUUUUCCCAAACUAUGGAAAGAGCAGGAAGUUGUGGUUUUAUUUUAUACCUUUUUUAUUUAUCUAUUUAUUAUAUACUAUAAGUUGCAAGAGUGCAACAAUCUAAAAUCCGUUGUUUAAAACCCAUGGUGUGUGUCUGUGUUGUGUUACAGGCCAGUGAAGGUGUGAGACGGGAGGAACAGGUAGUUGUACUGGGCAGUAAACUGUCCCAGUCCCAACAGACCCGGCUGGCCAAACUGGGACAACUACUGGGAGGAAAGAGGGCAGACGCCUUCUCCUGCUCAGGUAACUUACCUUUCCACUAUACCUGUACCCAUCUACCCAUCCACUGCCACAACACAUUUGAUACUAGCCUGGUCCCAGAUAUUUUAGUUCUGUCAUGCCAAAUCCUAUGGCAAACAUUUGUUUGGCAUGUCAACGACCAAAUAGGAGUUGGCAAUUCAACACAAAAAGAUCUGGGUCCAGGCACAUUUUUGGACUUUCUUCUGGGUUACUCCCAACCACUCUAGUCUUGAUUAAGACACAGAAGACUCACAUUUGUAGUAGUAUGAAAGGGGUGCAACAUCACUUAUUACAUACAGGUAGCUACCUUUUUGGAGCUUUGCAAGUCUUAGUGGUACAGAGUAACAGGGAAGGCAGUUGGAACAGAGGACAGGGCUGAAUGCCUGAAGUAAGUAAUUUCUCAUAAGCUGUUUGUGACUUAUGUUGUGAUGAACUUUAGUUUGUCUCUCUCUGUCUCAUUCUGUUUUCACGGCUUUGGGUAGUAAAGACUUCAGUGUCUGAGUGUCUCCUAUUAUUUAAAGUGAAGGCAGAGCAAAGCUCCACAGCAUGUAAACCACAGAGUUUAGCCCCGAGAAACAAUUAAGGUCAUUUUGCAGACUGUUAGCCACAGUCUUGUUGACUGAAGAGACUGCAUUUUUUAUUAUAAGAAUGUCUCAUUGUCUAAGCCUGGUGUGAAUGAGGCUGAGUCUACCCACGCCUGUGUUGCAAUGACUCACAACAAGGACAUUGCCAAGCUUUUUAUUAAAAUAAUGUUUUGGAGAAGGCUAUUCUAUGAAAAUUGUAUUCAACUGUCUAUUUCUAUUCAGUAGGCCUACAUUUAUAUUACAUUUUAUUAUCAGAAUGUAACUGUUAUAAACAUACGAAACCAAUUGAAUGCACUGGCAUGUACUUGAUGUGUACUAACCUAAUCCAUGCAAUGGCAGACAUUAGUUGUGUGCUGUAUCCAUCACUACCCAUGCACUAAUACACAUUGUGAAUGGUAGCUCUUUGGAUGACAUCCAGUUCUUCUUCUCCCAUUCCUCUAGUCACCCAUGUGGUGGUGUCAGACGGGCCGAUGCCCGCCACUCUGUCCACUCUCCUGGGUCUCCUGAACGGCUGCUGGGUCCUCAACUUUAGCUGUAAGUAACUUUCACCUCUACCUCCUAGGCCUACAGUAGCCUGGUCUACAACUCUGCAUCUUACCAUACCUUCGGCCUAUAUGAACUUAAGUCUAAUUAUCUUAAGUAUCUUAUUAUUCGUAUACAGGCUGCAUCCCAAAUGGCACCCUUUUCCCCCUUACAUUAACUGUGGCCUUUGACCUUGGUUCUGCACUGCUUCUUUCAAAUGUGUGUCUAUGUAUGGUUAAUGUAUUCUAAUGAGAAAUAUGAUUAUACUAUAAAACUGUCCAUAUACUGUGUUACAAAAUGUACAUGGAUACAUUGAGCAUGCAUAGAAUAUCAUUUCAAACCCUUACAUUUUUACAUGAUCGACGAGAUCAGGCAUUCAGAGUUAUACUCUACCCUCAAGUUUGCUUUAAAGCAGUAUGGAUUCGUACUCCAUAACGAUCUAGAUGGAGAAAUAUGCCUACCUUUAUUCAUCUUCCCUUGCAUUAUCUCUCAUGUGUUUCCUUGGUUUUGGAAGAAAUGUGUUUGCUUUUGUACUUUGUCUUUUAUCUUCUUUAUUCUAUGCUAUGCAGUGUCCUGAGAGGCAUGAAGGGUUUGUGCAACAUGAAAUUGUAGAUAUUAAAUGUACAUGUUGGGCAUACAGGCAAAUACAGGAAAUUGGGGGGUUUGUGAAUUGUCAGCGGACCUAGACGUCAAAAUGGGUAGAAAUCAAAGAAGGAAACACUCUUCUCUUGUGUUUGAUUCCUACAGAGGUGAAUUUAUAAGUGGAAACUUUUACUAUUUCCAUGCAUUUUUUUUUUGCAGUCUAUUCCUAGUGGCAACAGUAAAAUAUACUAGAUAUUCACAGGCAGUCUACCUCAAAAGGGAAAAAAGUGACUGACUGUCAUCAAGGUGUCUUGGGCCUUGUGUGUGUGUGUGUGUCUUUUUAGGAUUGAGCACAUUUUGUUAUUCCCAACACCUCACUCUCCUCCAUGGAGGAUGAACACUUGACACAGCCUGUCUACCCUCAACAACAAGUGUGCCACACUCCUUCCCUCUCUGUCUGUCCCUCUUUCCAUGUACCCCAGUCACCCCACUCUCCAUCCCUCUCCCUCUCUGUCCCUCUUUCCUUCUUCUCUCCUACAUCUCCAAGAAUCGAAUUAGCUGAUAUCCUAAUGUCUCCUCUGCUAACGGUGGUGGUGGCGGCAGGGCUAACUAGCUGGCCCUAUCGUCCAGAGCAGAGCGGAGUGGGAGCCGGGAUUAACCCCGGUAUCUCUUUCCCCCUGCCGAGGCCUCGCAGGGUCUCUCCAAAUGAAAGCAGCAAUUAAGGGGGAUGACUAAAUGUAAUUAUGCCUGAUGACUGCUAUGGACACUGUGUGUCAGACAGUGUUGUGUGAGUGUGUAGUGUGAGUGUGCAUGUGGUCACAUGUGAACUGUCCUCAUGAGAAAAGACAUUGUAGCCGCCACAGUUAAGCAGUGAUCAAGAUGGCACUGUUGUAUUGAUAGCACAUAUCAUCAUGCCAGGCACAAUGGCAUCAUGAGACAUUAAAAUGGAAACACUUGGUUACCUUGCAGAUUGUCAUUAAGCUUUAGCGUAUGUUAUUUGCAUGGAGUAACUAAUGUCCAUAAAUUACCCCAACCAACGGAAAAGUUUAAUGUAACCCUCACUCCCCUUGAAAUGCUUAUUUUACUAGAGUAAGGGUUGUCUGAAAUUGUAUUUUAUUUCCUAUAUAGCACAUUAUAUAGGGGAUAGUGCCAUUUUGGAUGCAGCCAAUGUCCAUAAAUUACCCCAAUCAAUGAAAGAGUUUAAAGCAACCCUCACAUUUUAGCCCUGACUGUGCUGUGCAUCUGUCAUCCAAACCUCUCUUGGCACAAAGAGGUCUCUCAGUGCUGUGCAACACAACAACCCAAAUAUUGUUUUUACAAUCGAUAAUGUAAUAAUGGAGCAUUUACCUAGUCUCAGACAGUACUAUUCAAGUUCUGUUGUCUGGUACCGUUGGAGAAAACCUUCCUCUUGUCUGUGGCACCACAAGGAGGGGGAAAACAUGUGUGACAUUAUAGUAAGAAAUGAAAGGGGGCGAUAGAUUAGAGAGAAGUGAAGAGUGGAAUAAGGUGGAUGUGUGUAUUGAACUCCUGCUACUGGGGGCCAUAUGUAGUCAGUGGUUGGAAGCGCUACUACUAGACCAGAUCCUGGUACUCAAUUUGUUUUCAAGCGCUAUGUGGGAAAUUCACUGCUUUGGUACACGGUUCAUUUCUUACACGUGGCGAGAAGGAGAUACUACGCCAAAGCGCGCCGUAUUUCAAUCUGUGUUGCAUCAUUCGUCCUAUAGGGCAAGUGUGUUGAGGGCAUUCAACUCUUUAUCACACUGUUCUUUAAUUUCUCAAAUGGUUUCUUCACAUACGUAGGACUUGUCCAUGGUUACAUACUGUAGCGAUGAUCUGUAAGAGUGUGUGGUAGGGAUGUGACAAAUGGAAAAUAUAAUUUUCCUAACUUUUUAAACAGCCAUUAAAAACAAAAAUGAGUUUUGUUAAAACGAUAAGAAAUUCAUAAAAUUCACAUAUGAAUUCCCAAUGCUGCUGCUAGCAACAGUUUGGGUCUCACAGUGCUUCCCUUUCAGAUGAUUCAGCAUUGCACCUGUACCACCAUUACUUUACCUCAAUUCCACCUCGCAAAGUUUGCAUUUCCUUCUCAAAGUAUUGCCCUACAGGACUUUGCUGCUUUUGCUUGCCUUUCUCUGCCAUUUUUCCAACUGUUAACGACGAUGACAUAGUGGUGGAGAGUCUCUACUCCAAAAUAAUUGAUUCCUCGACUCCUUGCAAGUCGACUCCCAUUUCUGAGUGUCAAGAUUCCGCUAGGAAACGACUCCUAAGAGUCAGUGUUUUUGGACCGGAGGAGACUGAUUAGUUGCCGUAUUUCCGAGAACACAAACUCACAUCUUUCAUAGCGAGCUAGCAAGGGACAGAGCGAGAGGGGAGGGGCACAGUAUAAGCAGGUCGGCCACCAGGCAGACAGUCAGAACGGUGCACUAGGCCUAUCUGUCGGCAAUCAUUGGUUUGCAAUGUCUAAACUUCAGUAAAGCAGGGGCUAUCAUCAAUGAAUAGGCUAGAUUAUUGAGAUGAGUGAGAUACAGCACUUCGCUCUCAAAGUCACACACCGUAUUGGCACGUGCACAGGUUCGCUUCACGCAGUUCACAGCGUGGUAGCCAGGGCACCAGAGUCUCACGCUUCAAUGCUCUUUUAGUUUUUUUGCGUAUAUUGACCCACUGCUGUUUUACUUUUUGUUCAUCUACUUCAUAUCACCAAGUCUACAUUCAAAUUACACAUUCAACUUUCCCCAAGCCUUUAUAGCCUAUUGUCUAAUUAGGCUAUAACACAGAAAAUAAUGUUUUGUGAUAACCUGGGCGGCAGGUAGCUUAGUGGUUAAGAGCGUAGUGCCAGUAACCGAAAGGUCGCUGGUUCUAAUCCCCGAGCCGACUAGGUGAAAAAUCUGUCUGUGCCCUUGAGCAAGGCACUUAACCCUAACUGCUCCUGUAAGUCGCUAUGGAUAAGAGCGUCUGAUAAAUGACUAAAAUGUAAAUGUAAUAACUGCACUGUGAUUAAAACAUUCUCGGUAAGGGAUUUUUCUUAACUUUUAAGGAUCCCCAUUUUGUUUUAACAUUUAAACAUUCACAACCUAGUGUGUGGUACUAACAUAGCCACGGCCAUGGGUUCAUUUGACCGCAGGGAUCUCAUCUAGCUAUUAAAUAGGUUUUCAAGUUCUCUCCACUCAUCUAAGCUACUGUUGUCUCUGUCCCUCUCUCUCUUUCUCUCUCCCUCCCUCCCUCUUUCUUUCCUCACACAGGGGUAGAGGCGUGCCUGCAGGCAGAUAGCUGGAUUGCCGAGAGUGACCAUGAAGCAGGAGAAGGACCACAACGCAGCCGCAUUAACAGACACAGCCUGGUAGGUAACACACAUAGAAAACAAAACAAAAUGGAGGCAAUGAACCGGCAAACUCAAACUCUGGAGAGUACCAGUUUAGAGCAGGAAACAAUUGAGUGCAUUGAUGCACUCAGUAGAGGGGCCUUCUGGCACCUGACUACACAGCCACUAAACUGAUAAGAGUUUUGGAGAAGAAAAAAAAGCUACAAUGAUGGAGUAUGGCUCUUGGGUUGGAAAGCAAUGCCAUUACAAUGCAACCCCAACAGAAUGGAAUAGAGUAGAUUGGAGUAGGGCUGGACGAUAUAUCGAAUUAAUUAGAAUUUAUGUUUUUGAGUGAUAUUCCAAAUGCCUGUAUCACAGAUUGAAGGUUUUUUGUAUUUUUCGUUUGUCUGCUUGUUCUCAUGUCUUUUUGGUCUUGUCUCGUUCGCUCCUUCUGUGCUGUGCACCUUCCCAUUUACACCAGAAAUCUGUAUAUAAUGACGAGAUGCUCAUGUCUCCACCCUGACAAUGUGAGUCUUUGUCCCAAAGGCGGGAAGGCAGGCGACAAGCUUAGGUUCAAAAUAAGUGCAUAGAAACACAUUGGGCUUAUUUUGGACAGAUUUUGGCAAGUGUGAAACCUCUCGCUUUGCCUCUUUCUCCCAAGCCCCUCCCCCUAACACUCACAACAACAAAGAUGAGAGAUCACUUCAUCCUCUCUGACAAACGGCUAUUUGCAUUUUGAGGUUUGGUCCAACAGAAUUGGUCAUAUGGACACCGAAACACAUGGAGACAUUAUUUUACUGGAACAUAGGUGAAGUUAACCUUUCGAACCCUGUUUAUGUUAAAAAUUUUCGAGCACAGCAGACACUACUAAAAUGGAUGUACCAAUGAACAUUCAUUUUGGAAAAUGAAUGCUCUGUUUGUUGUGCGCGCAUUGCGGUGCCACGUAUCGCUAGCAGCAUUUUAGUCAAAUAAAGAUUGUUAUACUAGCUGUUUAGUCUGUGAUUUAUAAAUGUGAAAUAAGCGUAAAACAAGUAUAUAAGGAAUUGGCAACUCGUUCUCAUUCUGAGAAAUAAGGUAGGCCACUUGAUUUCAACAUCUGAACAAAGUGGACAGGCUAACAUGCUGUUCAAACAGUUGUAGACGGACAGAAGGUUGUGUUCAUAAUGAUUCAACUGUUUUGCCUUGUUAGCUGAAUUCAGAGCUUGUGAAAUGAUAUCUAGAUCCAAGUUGGCUAAACUUGAAAUAUAAAUAUUUGCUGGCUACUCACUAGCACGUGGGCUUGUGCUUGAGAAAUUGUUUAUGAGACCAGUGUUAAUUUUCUAUAAUGCCUGCUACAUUAUUAGUGAAUGUGCAUUAUGCAUGGUUCUGGUUAAAUGUGUAACUAAAAGGGGAUUUUUAUAGACAGUCCUGAAAUCCAGAUCGGGUGAUUAUUGCAAAAAAAAGCAGGUACAACUAUUUUGAUUUAAAUUAUUAGUGGGUCUUAUUGUUGUGGAAGGCAUGUAUUCAGCCUAGGUAUAAUUUCACAAGAUCUGAAUUCAUUAGAUUAUUGCAGACUUUUUUUUAAUGCAGUGUAUUUGACCUUUUUAAUUGUACAACAAAGCUUAUUUAGAGAGAACAAAAUAAAUCGAGAUGUAUAUCGUGAAUCGCCCAUAAGUUUGAAAUAAUUGAUUAGAGUUUUAGGCCAUAUUACCCAGUGGUGGAGUAGAGGCUGCGGUUAUGGAAGAACUGAAAGGUUGUGGCUGUGAUGUAGCAGUGAUUCAGCUGCAUUUCAACUCAUUACAGAACAAGGAGAAAUUCUCUCUGUUGUCUGGACACUUUGUUCAGACACUAGGCUAUUCUUAGUGGGACUUGAUUCUAUCCCGAGGCACUAGAAUGGUUUCCAUUGUUUAGGAUCAAGGAAGAAGAUACAUUCUCUUUCUCCUCCCUCUGGAUGCACAGGGCUUUGAUGAAUUUGUAAGGGCUUGUCUACCAUAAUUUACAAAAUUCAUGAAACAAAUGAAACGGCCUCACUUUUCCUUGUUAGAGGACGACAAAUACUUUGUUUUAGUUUUCCUUGCAGUCCACAUAUGUGUUUUUGUCUUAAUAACCAGCUACAGUAAGUCAGUGAAAAGUUUUAUUUGACUUUAAAGCAUUCUCUUCCUAUUUUAUUCUACUGUAUUUAACUCUACUCUUUGACUUUAUUUUACUCUACUCUACAAUACUCCUCAUCUCUACCCCAGCUGCCCCCACUGUUGGACGGUUGUUUCUUCUACCUCAUGGGCUCCUUCAGGAAGCCCCCCAGGGACGAGCUCCUCCAGCUGGUGAGAGAGGCAGGGGGCCAGGUCCUGACCCGACAGCCCAAACCAGACAGUGAUGUGACCCAGACCCUGUCUGCUGCAGCCUACCACGCCUCUCCGGGCUCAGACCAGGCCCUGUGUACCCAGUACAUCAUCUAUGAUCCCCAGGGCUCUUACAGGCCCCCUAGGGUGAGGUUAGGAAAGGUGUGGUCAGCUCCAUCUACAUGGGUUGUAAACUGUAUAUCGGCCUUCCAGCUACUGCCAGUGCCUGAGCUUGAAUCAUAGACACAUCUGGUGUGUAUUCAGUGAGGUGAAACGUUAGCAACAAUUCCGAUAGAAAUGUAAUAAAUAGUGUUAUCAUGAUUGCCUAUUCUACAUGACAGACAAUC